GUCGAAGAUAAAACCGUCAAUCCCAAGGACCGAACGGCAUCAGAAUGACGAACAUGCGACCACCGAGCAAAAACGUGCUGCUGAAAGUGGUCAUUCUCGGUGACGGGAAUGUCGGCAAAAGCUGCCUCAUGAACCGCUUCGUUUCGAACUACUUCGAUGCGCACAGUUUUCACACGAUCGGCGUCGAGUUCCUCAACAAAGACUUACAAGUGGACCAGGAACGCUACACGCUGCAGAUCUGGGAUACGGCCGGCCAGGAGCGAUUUCGGGCCCUGCGGACACCGUUCUACCGCGGCACCGACAUCUGUCUGCUGACGUACGCGAUCGACGAUCGGCAGAGCUUCAAAACGUUGGCCAGCUGGCGCGACGAGUUUCUCCGGUACUACGACGUCAACCCGGAGCGCUUCCCGUUCAUCGUGGUCGGCACCAAGAGCGAUCUGGCCGCUACCGGGCACCGGCAGGUGACGGCCGAAGAGGUAACCCACUGGUGCCAGGAGCAUCACGUGGCCGCCUUCAUCGAAACGUCGGCCAAAACGUCCGACAAUGUGGCCACCGCGUUUGCGCUGGCCGUGCAGCAGUGGAAAAAGCUCGAACGGUGCACCGAGCGCGAACUGCGCGCCCAAGGCCACGACACUAUCGAUCUGAUGAAGAGCGUAAACUUGAGCGCAAACCGAAAUCGGUUCUGCUGCGUCGGCGGGAACGCUGGACGACCCGCGGCCACCGAACAGGACGAUGAUGACUAUCCGAAUUGA